AUGUCAACCUAUCCUUUUGACAAAGAGCAGCUCCAAAACCUGCGUGGUCGUACUAUCUUGAUCACCGGUGCAGCCAGCGGAAUCGGACGCGCGGCCGCUCAGAUUGCGCAUGACCAUGGUGCAAACCUUGUAUUAGGGGACCUCAACAUAGAGGAGGGGAACAAGCUUGUGAAAGAACUCCCAGGACCUGUUGUGUUUCUAAGAACGGAUAUCUCUAAGUGGAAUGAUGUUCUAUCGCUUUUUGAAGCGGGGUACAAGGAAUACGGGAUGAUCCACGCUGUUCUCGCCAACGCGGGAAUGAAUAAAGAAGAUCUACUCGCAGAAAGCCUUGAUGCCAAUGGCAGGCUCCUCCCACCCAACCUUGGGAGCAUUGAUGUGAACUUAGUCGGCACGAUUUACACUGUCAAACUUGCUGUGCACUUCUUCAGCAAGUGGCCGGAGACAAAGUGCCAGAUUGUCCUGACAGCAAGUGCAGCCAGCUACCUCGAUACCCCUCCCCUGUACCUCUACUGUGCGGCAAAAACGGGGGUUCUAGGCCUUAUGCGAGGAUUGAGGUCUCAACUUGUCAAACAGAACAUAACCAUAAACGUCGUGGCUCCAUGGAUGACUAUUACGAACAUGGUCUCUCCCUCGCUAAUUGAAUUGUGGGGUGACCUCCCAGCCAACCAGCCGUGGGGGGUUGCUCAUGCUCUUCUCCUACCGCUGCUGCAACCUGACAUUAACGGCAAGGCUUUCUUUGUGGCAGGUCAUAGAAUUAUAGAUCUGGAGGACAGGUUGAGUGAGACACAGCCGUCGUGGAUGGGAGAGCAGUUGAGCAGUGAUAUCAAAGAGGGACAGCGCAGAUUGACAUCUUGA